GCACUACUUCCGGAUAACCCUCUUGGAUAAGCUGAGAUACUAUGCUGCCCAGCUUAGUUGGCCGUUUACCGUGCUUCGUACGAUUCUAUGGAGAAAAGGGCGUGGCAAGCUUAGCCUAGAGGAUGCGAUAUAUUUUGAGAAGUUCCGGACUCUGUUCUUCACUAGGUGGCCGGUGUCGAUGUUCCGCGUCAAAUUCGCUGGGGAUGCGUCAGCAAACCAGGUUAUCAGCACGCCGCGGUUCGCCGCCGUCAAGAAGAACCUGUAUCAACGAGUCACCAAACCCGGCUUCGCAGGCUACUGGAUCUUCCGCCACUCGUUCACAGAGCCCCAACCGCCUUCAUCUUCCGACGUCGUCCUCUGCUACAUUCACGGAGGCGGAUAUGCCUUGUGGCAGCCGGGCACGUAUACGCCUCUGCUGAUGGCGGUUGUGGAGUCCGUCAUCAAGCGGGGGCUCACUGUCAGCCUCUUUGCGCUGGAUUAUUCCUUGACUCCGGAAGCCGGUUUCCCUACCCAACUGGGGCAGUGCGGAGCCAUGUACAAGUAUCUCGGCGAGGAGAUGGGCAUCGACUACCAGAAAGUCGCGUUCAUGGGCGAUUCGGCGGGCGGCCACCUCAUAUUGUCCUUCUUGACGCACCUCCACAAGCCAGUACCCUUCCUAUCACCCAACCCAUCCGAGGGGCUGCCCAAACCGGGCGCUGGGAUCUAUCUCAUUAGCCCAUGGGUCACCUUCGACACUUCGAGUCCGACAUACAAAGACAACGACGGCCUCGACAUCCUGAACACCGACGUGAUAAAUCGGCUCUCGCAAACCUUCCUGAUCGCAUCAAAAGAGGCGGCAAGCGAAGAGGCGAAGCCUUAUCGCGAGUUCGUGAACCCAGUGCCUGCAUGGGCGGAGAUACUCCCGAAGAAGGUGUUCGUAACCUCGGGCAGCCUGGAGGUAUUCGUAGGAGACAUAGAAAGGGUGGUGCAUGCGAUGCGGGACGCGGGCGCGAACGUGACGUACUCUUGCACGGAAAACAAGACACACGAUUGGCAGUUUACGGACAUCAGAAAGGUGGCCGGCGCGUGGUUGACGACGCCGCUUGAGAAGGAGAUCCCGGUGAAGUUGGAAGGUGCAGAGGAGCUUGCGGGCGCGAUCGCUGGUGACCAUUAA